AUGCGGCCCAUAUCAACAGUAUUGUUUUCUCUCGCUGCUUUGUUGCCUCCACAAGCUGUCGCCGAAUCGAGUUCACCAACAGCUAUCAAGAAGCUCACUCCUGGUUCCAACGAUAAACUCCUGCGUGAGCAUCUCGCAUUUGCGCCGUUGCAAAUUCUCUCUCCCCGCGAUGCUGCUGCCGCUGCGAUAUCGUUCCUAGAUAACCAGGAUGAGGAAUUCUUGAAACUUAACGGCACGGAACGGUUCUAUCGUCCAGCAUUUGCCCCUCACAGUGAAGAAUCCCGGGAUAGCAUGUUACGGCGUGCCGCAGAGGCAUUGGCGUUGUUGCAGAGAAGAUCGUCUUGUCCUAAGGGGAUGAACAUCUGUUCUAACAUCGACCCAGAGGUCAAAUGCUGUCAAGAAGGAACAUACUGUGUGGAUGUUGGAGACAGUGUAGCUGGAGGCGUCGCAUGCUGUCCUGACGGGGCUUCGUGUGAUGGAGGCGUUGGGUCAUGUCCAUCUGAAGCCGCGAGUUGCCCAGAAGAGCUCGGCGGCGGAUGCUGUAUCCCAGGAUAUGUAUGUCAAGGACUUGGAUGUGUUCCAAGUGCUGCUGCGACACCGACAAGCACAACCCAAGCGCCAACUACAACCGAAGAGCCUACAGUGGAACCAACUACCGAGACAGAAGCUGAGACAACGGCAGAGGAAGAGCCUACGACUGUCUCCGAGGCUGAGACAGAAACGGAGACGGAAGGCACAACUGCGCCUACGACAGCUACGGGCUCCAUCACUGGCAUUCCACCUUAUCGUCCUACCGGCACUUCUGUAACCACCUCAUCUGAAGAUGAAGAUACACAAACAGGAUGUCCUACAGGCUUCUAUGGCUGUCUUGCAACUCACGGCGGUGGUUGCUGCCGCACCGAUCGAAACUGCGAUACGCACAAUUGCCCAGCUCCUUCAACGACCAUCGUCACUGACGGCGCGACAAUCGUCGUUCUCGCAACCGAUGCGCCACCUGUUCCUGGUCCCGCAUCAACAUGUGCAGAUGGGUGGUUUCUAUGUGGUAGAGACGCCGGUCCUAUCGCUGGGUGCUGCCCUGACGGUUACGAGUGUGGGACGGCAAGUUGUUUUACAGCGGUUGCCAGUCAAACUGGUCGCUUACAGAAGGCAUUCCCUGAAGCUGCUACCGCUGGGCAUGUGAAGCCCGCAGUCAUGAUGGCUACAGCUGCCAUGAUGUUCGUGGGUAUUGUGCUUGCAUAA